GGACGUGAGGCAGAAGUGUAGCAGGUUCGGUGGUGCGCCGUGUGUCUUCGACAAGAUUGAGUAAGGUGGAGGACUUUGCAUCCCAAGCUGUCGGCGCCGAGGACGACCUUGCACACAGGGACGUCGACGAGGAGCCGGCUCUUCCACAGUACCAGUGUGAGGAGGACGAAGAGCCUAGCCGGGAGUCCAUGAGCCUCGCCACGAGCUUCACGUCGAGCUUCAGCGGGAGCCAGACCAGUUCGAAGCGAACGAGGGCACCCGACAGUCCACCGUCGAAUUCCCAGCCACACAAGAAGCACGGCUCGGCCAGGAGAACACGCCAGAGCGCGUCUCCACGAGCGGCUGGGUCCUCCACGCAGGCCUCGACGUCUUCAGGAUCUGCUAUACCGCCGCCGGCGUCGACUAAGAAGUGGAGGUAGGAGUGAGACUCAGCACAGUUGGUACGAUUUGAACGAGGAUGGGAGUUGCAUCUGGAACGAUGGGAAGUCGUGCUGGCGCUAUAGACUUGUAUUGGCUUGAAUAAUCUGGAGUUCCUGUGCCUACGGACUUGGAUAAGCGCUCUAUGUGGCUUGCAUUUGUUAUUUCCCUUUCCGAGCAGCAACUCUGU